CUUCAGGCUCUGUCUCCGUUUUGGGAGGGAGAAAGAGGUGGGACCUAGCGCGGGCCGCGCAGGCGCACGGUGAGCAGCUGCAAUGGCGCCGUCGUGUACCCUUAACAGGUAUCUGCUGCUCAUGGCGCAGGAACACCUGGAGUUCCGCCUGCCGGAAAUAAAGUCUUUGCUUUCGCUUUUUGGAGGUCAGUUCGCCAGCAGUCAAGAAACUUAUGGAAAGUCACCAUUUUGGAUUCUUAACAUUCCCUCUGAAGAUAUUGCAAGAAAUUUGAUGAAACGGACAGUGUGUGCCAAGUCUAUAUUUGAACUAUGGGGUCAUGGACAAUCUCCUGAGGAGCUGUACAGUUCUCUUAAAAAUUACCCUGUGGAGAAGAUGGUUCCAUUUCUACAUUCGGACUCUACAUAUAAAAUAAAGAUUCACACUUUUAAUAAGACAUUGACACAAGAAGAGAAAAUCAAGCGAAUAGAUGCACUUGAAUUUCUGCCAUUUGAAGGAAAAGUGAAUUUAAAGAAACCACAACAUGUAUUCUCUGUUUUGGAGGAUUAUGGUUUGGACCCAAACCGCAUCCCUGAGAAUCCACAUAAUAUUUAUUUUGGUAGAUGGAUUGCAGAUGGACAGAGAGAGCUUAUUGAGUCAUACAGUGUCAAAAAGAGACACUUUAUUGGAAAUACAAGUAUGGAUGCUGGUUUGUCAUUCAUUAUGGCUAACCAUGGAAAAGUGAAAGAAAAUGAUAUUGUCUUUGAUCCAUUUGUUGGAACAGGCGGCCUCCUGAUAGCAUCUGCUCAUUUUGGUGCAUAUGUAUAUGGGACAGACAUAGACUACAACACAGUUCAUGGUUUGGGAAAGGCUACUAGGAAAAACCAGAAAUGGAGAGGACCAGAUGAAAACAUUAGGGCCAAUCUUCGUCAAUAUGGUUUAGAGAAGUAUUACCUUGAUGUCCUGGUUUCAGAUGCAUCUAAACCUUCCUGGAGGAAGGGCACAUAUUUUGAUGCAAUCAUUACUGAUCCUCCAUAUGGUAUCAGAGAAUCUACAAGAAGAACAGGUUCACAGAAGGAGAUACCAAAGGGGAUAGAAAAAUGUCCAGGAAGCCAUGUUCCUGUUUCCUUGAGUUAUCAUCUGAGUGAUAUGUUUCUUGACCUGUUAAACUUCGCAGCUGAGACCCUCGUGUUAGGUGGAAGACUAGUCUAUUGGUUGCCGGUGUAUACGCCAGAGUACACUGAAGAGAUGGUGCCUUGGCACCCUUGCCUGAAACUCAUUAGCAACUGCGAGCAGAAGCUUUCCAGUCACACAUCAAGGCGCUUGAUCACAAUGGAAAAGGUGCAGAAAUUUGAGAAUCCAGACGGUGACCUUGGUGGUGUCUCGUCAGAAGUGCCUCCUUCCUGUCUAUUCUGGCUACACAAGCAGAAGAAUGGCAGAGAAGAAGAGAAGCAGCAUCUGAACGUCAAGAGGAGUUUGGCUGGAGAUGGUUGGAGAGAAGAUUGGUUGCAGGAUGGCUGAACUCCAGGGGAAGAUCAUCCUCCCACUCCAUCCCCUUUACAGCUCCCCAUCCACCCCACUGACAGCCACCUCCACCACUCAGUUAAAGCCCCACACUCACCAUCCUUCAAGUUUGUGUGUGACCUGAUUCUUCUUGCAUGCUGGACAAGGACCCGGGUAUCAAGAGGGCAGGGUGUAAAAGACUGUCACCCUGACUCUCCACCGAGCUGGUUUAACACUUAGCUGUCCACAGACGGCAACUGAUAAAAGACCAUUAAUCGUAACACACCCCCAGACACUACUGUAGGGCUGGAGCCCAAAAGCGCUCGCCCCAGCUCCCGCAUCUGCCUGUCUGCCUGCUCCCCUUCCCAUAAGGGGUUUGAGCCACACGCCUGUCGCAAGUUCCAUGAAGGAGUCAGGCAACUCUCCUGUUUCACUACUGGGCUUCUGUCAAAACUGAACACUUGAACCAUCCAGUCUGCCGUUCCCUUUUUGGAGUAGAUCAAACAGACCUCAUGACUACUAAAGUGGAAAGGGUCCAACUAGCCUUGCUUGUCAUAGAAAAUCAUUAUAUGCAAUAAUCAUUAAUGCAACAGACCUAGCCCCGAUGGCAUCUUGGAUUUACAUGAAAAAGUGGCAGCUAAUCCUUUGGGGAAAACUUUAUUGCCUAUUCCGUUGCCUGAAACAAAGCCCCUGGCUCAGCACCCUCAUUUCAUACAGGUUACAUGUAGGGGAUUUAAAAAUAUAUUUAGGUGGCAUUUAGGAGAUUCCUCGAAAUGCCUGUUGCUUCUUUCACUGACAUAUUGGCUAAGCUGAAAACCAGUGCCAUUUCAAUGGACUGCUAUGGCUGUUCAGCCUCAGUGCCAGGUAGAACUGAAAAUGGAUGUAGUUGAUCUGGUCAUUAAGUAGAAUUCAAGGCCAUUCUCAAAGCUCUGACCAAUACCCUCCUUGAGGAGCCUUGUUAUGUUUUUACUGACUGUUAGGUUGUUGCUAAAGACCUAUGGUUUGAUCUGCCACUUGGAAAACAACAGAUUUGCAGAUUGAAGACAUCCUUCUUUAGGGACUUCAAACAGUGGAAACAAAUUGUGGUGACUAAUAGAACUGUCGGGGUCAUUCAUAUUGACAUCCAUUGUAAAGUCCAUUCUCUGAUGAGACCAGCUAGAAUCACUCGGUUAGCUAGCACCACCCCAAUUGCCAUCAUUGCUGCCUGGAUCCCUUAUUGUACUGGACAUGGCAACACGUCCUCUGUUAUAGACAGUGUAUAAGUAAAGUACUCAAUGUUUCUGAUGUAAAGGCUACCAUUUGGUGCUAGACUUGUGACUCCUGCCAAAAGUUGACCUUGUUGCCUCUUGGUAAGGAAGAACACACUGCAUGGGGUGUUGUCUCCACUGCUCCUGGCAGAUUGAUUACCUCAGACCUUCCGCCACCCCUCUUUAGAGCUACUGGUUGUUCAUCAAUGCUAUUGACACUUUCUCAGGUUACAGGGUUGCUGUUCCAGUGCAAUCAUUUGACUCCAGCCACACCACUUUGGCCCUUGAAACUAAUCUUUGUCAUGUGUUUGGCUUUCUGGAUCAUUUCAUAUGACAAUGAUACACCUUUUAUUGCUAAAGCCACUCAGUCAUGGGCUACAGUCAAGACAUUUGACAGACUUUCCAUACUUCCUACCAUCCACAGGCAUCUGGAAUUUGUGAGCUUUGGAAAUUUGCUCUACAUUUCUUCUAUAUUUUCUCUGGCAACCCUUUGCCAAACCUUCACAGAAAGGCUCAGCACAUUGCUCAAAAGUUACCUCUCAACAGGGCAGUCUUCUGUCCUUUGCGGGAUGCGUAAAUCUUUUAAUUGAUGGUUUUAACUCAGACAAUUGGUGAUUAAUAGUUUGAGUCUCAGGCUGAGAAGAUUUUCCAAAACCAGCACCUGAGAGAGUUGUAACAAUUGGUUGAAAAGGACCACUUUACCUAGUAUGCUUUAUUAUUGAUGUUGAAGCAGGCAAAUAAAUAUUCUAGUUGACCUAUUAUCUUCAAUUUUCUUUCUCUUUACAUUUUUCUAUAGAUUCCAAGAGUGCUAUUUUUUUUUCUAUUUUAAUGUCAAUUGUUGUUUCUCUGUAUUAGUUGUAUGUGUUACUCUAUUUUUCCUGUAACACAUGUUCUAAGGCUUAUCUAUUGGUGAUUGGUUGAUAUCUGUGGGAGUUCCAUGCAUGGAUUUAAAUAAUGACAAAGGAAUUUACAGUCUGGUUGGGGUGAUGAGACCUACACAUAAAAAGAUAGUUAACACAAGGCAGAAUGAAUUAAGUACCCAGGAGAAGCCUCAGUGGAGUUUGGAAGGAUAAGAAUUUUCUUCAGAGUAGAAUAUUUAAUAAAGAUUUCACAGAAGAUGUGGUGCUUAAGCCAGAACAUUACACAUUUUUAAAAAAUUCAGUUAAGUGGAGAGAGGAAAGAAGCACAUUUCAGAUUGGGGGUGUGUGUGAAUAGUGUGAGGAAAGUUCAGAUGUGAGAAUGUGUGAGUCAAGUUCAGAAGAUGAUAGGUACUAACUAGACUAACUAGAGAGAAGGGUUCAUGUGUAUGAUGGUGGGAGAGGACUGAAAAAAGUAGGCUGGGAUCAUGUUGCUAAAGACCUUGAAUGUCAGUCUAAAGAAAUUGUAU